GCUACCUACAGCGUUACAUCGUAGAUAUAUUGCAUGUGCGCUGCCAUAUCUCGGGACGGUUUCAUGGCUCGCGUUUGACGUCUCAGAUCGUGGGAUGGCAAACCCCGGAUAGUCAAGGUCACUGCUAAGUCAGCGGAAACGUUUGAAGGGGAAGCUUGUUAAACACGGCUAUCUGGCGUUCCUGGACAUCGUCCUCUCUUGGCAUCAGUGGUGAGGCAUGCUUAACACCCCUGUGAUAUCACGGAUGCUGUGACAGCCGAACAAGUCAAGAUGACAAUCCCGUCGUUGAGAAUCAGAAUAUUAAAGCUGUGGUAUCCACGUUGUUCUAGUUUGUUUUCUCGAUCUGACUUGACUUGACUUAUAAAGACGGUUUUGUCCUUUCGUUUACACUCGCUCGUUCAAUAAGCGCUGGCCUGCUUUUGAUACCUUAAUUCCUAUUACAUUCGAUUCGAUUCUUCAAUUGAGGUCAAUCUCAUUGUUUAAUAUCUUUUUCUUCUUACUUCUGACACUUGUUUACAUUACUCUCCUUGCUGGCUGGUCCGACACGUUCCUUUCGAUUAUAUAACAUGGCAUCUCUCAAGACUCUUCUCUUCGGCCUCUUCGCUACCACGGCUUUGGCGAUGCCUUCUGGCCCUCGGUUCACCAAGAGGCAACUUCAGUAUCACGAUUUGUCCAAGCGCCAGAAUGCCGCCGCUGCUGCUGCUGGCCUCAGUGACUUGGAUAUCCUCCAGUUCGCCCUGACAUUGGAGCAUCUUGAAGACACCUUCUACCGCGAGGCUUUCUUAACCCUCUCCGACGAGGCUUUCGCCCUUCUCGGUCUCUCAACGCAAACCCUUGACGACAUCAAGGCCAUUGGCAAAACCGAGGCUUCUCACGUAGUCCUCCUUCAGUCUGCCCUCGCAGGUAAUGGCAUCACACCUGUCCAAGAGUGCAAAUACGACUUCAAAGGCGCAACAGCCGACCCAGCUGCCAUGGUUGCAACAGCUGCUAUCCUCGAGAGUGUCGGUGUCUCGGCCUACCUGGGUGCAGCACCACUGCUCUCUGAUCCCGCUAUCCUCGGCACCGCUGGCGCAAUUCUCACUGUCGAAGCACGACAUCAAACCGCCAUCAGGAUAUUUUCUCAGGCAAAGGCAGUUCCUCAACCUCUCGAUACCGCCCUUGGACCUAGGGCAGUCUUCUCACUCGCCGCACCUUUCAUCACGGAAUGCCCUGAGGGUUCUAACCUCAAGAUCGAAGCAUUCCCUACUCUCGCUAUGGCCGAGGGCCAGGACGUCAAGGCUGUAGCCAUUGGAACUAAAGUGAAGCUUGCCUCCGAAGCUGCCGCUGGAGCGACGCAUUGUGGCUUCACUUCUGGAGGUCAGCUUCCCGGUGGAACCAAAUUCACCCCCUUCACCGAGGGAGAGGGCUGUGAAGUUCCUCAAGGAGCUGCGGGUGUCGUCUACGUGACCUUGACCAGUGCUGGGCCUUUGGAGGGCGUUUUGUCAGAUGACAUUACUGUGGCUGGGCCUAUGGUACUGACCCUUUCUUAAGGGAGCUGUCGAGAGGUGUUGAUGGUGG